AUGCUUUGUCCACACUUAAAGGACUUAUUGGACCAAGAAAGAAGACAGCGUUCAGAGCUUGCCAGUAGGUUGGAAGAAAUCAAGAAAGUGCCCAUUUUCGGAGUAGAGAGAUUCAAAUACUCGCCAUGUGACAUACAGUUUUACACUGGUUUGCCAGAUUACCUUACAUGUUUGGCACUUUGUGAUUUCCUACUCCCAGAAAAGCACAAGAUUAACUCAUUUUAUUACCAGCAAAAAGAGACAGACAGUACAUAUGUUAACAGGAACAGGGGAAGAGACCCAAAUUUAAGUGUCCAGGAGCAACUAUUUUUGGUUUUGUGUUGCCUUCGUCAGGGAUACAGAGAACAAGACCUAGCCCAUAGAUUCAACAUUUCACAAUCAUGUGUCAGUGUGAUUUUUAGUAAAUGGAUAAAACACAUGGGACAUGUUCUCACAACAUUGAAUAUAUGGGCUCCAAAAGAAACCAUCAACAAAAACAUGCCUCAAACUUUCAAAGACUUGAACUAUGGAAAUACUAGAUGUAUCGUGGAUUGCACAGAAAUAUUCCUGCAGCAACCCUCAUCAAAUUUGGUUUUGCAAACUGUUUUGUUCAGUUCAUAUAAAAACCACCACACGGCAAAAGCACUAGUAGCUAUAGCUCCCCACGGACCAGUGACAUUUGUGUCGGAUUUGUAUGCUGGAUCUGCAAGUGACUUUGAUAUUACCAAAGAUUGUGGAUUAUUGAAUUUGCUGGAACCUGGAGAUCAUGUGAUGGCAGAUAAGGGGUUUGAAAUCCAACCGUUGCUGGAUAAUCUCAGAGUCAGAGUUGACCAUCCACCUGUGUUAAGAGGUGUUCAGCAGAUGUCCGUUGAACAGGAAACCACAACAAGGCGCAUAGCUCGACUGAGAAUCCACGUGGAAAGGGCAAUAGAGCGCAUAAAAAUUAUCGGAUUCUUCAGGAAAGCUUCCAAUAUAAACAAUGGUGUUUAUUGA